GGGGCGGGGCAGCGGCUCCUGUCAGCGGGUGAAAUGGCAGCGGUGGACCCGGCGGCGGCCGCGGUCCCGGGGGGCGGCUGAGGGGGCCGGGCCGGGGCUGCUGGGCGAGCGGCGCGGCAGGGAUCUGGCGACGCGACCUGGGACGGCGAGGCUCUGCACGGCGAUGGCGGCACGCUUGGCUCAGACAGAGCUGUGACCCAGCCCCGCUCGCAGCUGAUGAGCCUGCCCGCCAUGGCGAGCCCCACUCUGAGCCCUGACUCCUCGUCCCAGGAGGCCCUGUCGGCCCCCACCUGCUCCCCGACCUCCGACUCCGAGAACCUCAGCCCCGAUGAGCUGGAGCUAUUGGCCAAGCUGGAGGAACAGAACCGGCUGCUGGAAGCCGACUCCAAGUCCAUGCGCUCCAUGAAUGGCUCACGGCGGAACAGCGGCUCCUCGCUGGUGUCCAGCUCCUCCGCCUCGUCCAACCUGAGCCACCUGGAGGAGGACACGUGGAUCCUGUGGGGCCGCAUCGCUAACGAGUGGGAGGAGUGGCGGCGGCGGAAGGAGAAGCUGCUCAAGGAGCUGAUCCGCAAGGGCAUCCCGCACCACUUCCGGGCCAUCGUGUGGCAGCUCCUAUGCAGCGCCACGGAUAUGCCAGUCAAGAACCAGUACUCGGAGCUGCUCAAGAUGUCCUCGCCGUGUGAGAAGCUGAUCCGCAGGGACAUCGCCCGCACUUACCCGGAGCACGAGUUCUUCAAGGGCCAGGACAGCCUGGGCCAGGAGGUCCUCUUCAACGUCAUGAAGGCCUACUCCCUGGUGGACCGGGAGGUGGGCUACUGCCAGGGCAGCGCCUUCAUCGUGGGCCUGCUCCUCAUGCAGAUGCCCGAGGAGGAGGCCUUCUGCGUGUUCGUGCGGCUGAUGCAGGAGUACCGGCUGCGGGAGCUCUUCAAGCCCAGCAUGGCCGAGCUGGGGCUCUGCAUCUACCAGUUUGAGUACAUGCUACAGGAGCAGCUUCCAGAGCUGAACACCCACUUCCGCUCGCAGAGCUUCCACACGUCCAUGUACGCCUCGUCCUGGUUCCUCACUCUCUUCCUCACUACCUUCCCCCUGCCCGUGGCCACCCGAGUCUUCGACAUCUUCAUGUACGAGGGGCUGGAGAUCGUGUUCCGGGUGGGCCUGGCCCUGCUGCAGGUGAACCAGGCGGAGCUCAUGCAGCUGGACAUGGAGGGCAUGUCGCAGUACUUCCAGAGGGUGAUCCCCCACCAGUUCGACAGCUGCCCGGACAAGCUGGUGCUCAAGGCCUACCAGGUCAAGUACAACCCCAAGAAGAUGAAGAGGCUGGAGAAGGAGUACGCGGCCAUGAAGAGCAAGGAGAUGGAGGAGCAGAUCGAGAUCAAAAGGCUUCGGACUGAGAACCGGCUCCUGAAACAGCGGAUUGAGACCCUGGAGAAGGAGAGCGCUGCUCUGGCUGAUAGGUUAAUCCAGGGCCAGGUGACACGGGCGCAGGAGGCAGAGGAGAACUACGUCAUCAAGCGGGAGCUGGCUGUGGUGCGGCAGCAGUGCAGCUCGGCUGCCGAGGACCUGCAGAGGGCACAGAGCACUAUCCGCCAGCUGCAGGAGCAGCAGGAGAAUCCACGCCUCACUGAGGACUUCGUGGCCCACCUGGAGACAGAGCUGGAGCAGUCAAGGCUUCGGGAGACAGAGACGCUGGGGGCCCUGCGGGAGAUGCAGGACAAGGUUCUGGACAUGGAAAAGAGGAACAGCUCGCUCCCGGACGAGAACAACGUGGCGCGGCUGCAGGAGGAGCUGAAGGCGCUCAAGGUGCGGGAGGGCGAGGCUGUGGCCUCUGCCCGGGAGCAGAAACUCCAGCUGCAGGAGCUGUCGGACGCCUGGCAGGCCCACCUGUCCCGCGGCGGCCGCUGGAAGGAGUCUCCGCGGAAGCUGGUGCUGGGCGAGCUGCAGGACGAGCUCAUGAGCGUGCGUCUGCGCGAGGCCCAGGCGCUGGCCGAGGGCCGCGAGCUGCGGCAGCGCGUGGUGGAGCUCGAGACGCAGGACCACAUCCACCGCAACCUGCUGAACCGCGUGGAGGCGGAGCGCGCGGCGCUGCAGGAGAAGCUACAGUACCUGGCGGCGCAGAACAAGGGGCUGCAGACGCAACUCAGCGAGAGCCGCCGCAAGCAGGCGGAGGCCGAGUGCAAGAGCAAGGAGGAGGUGAUGGCCGUGCGCCUGCGGGAGGCGGACAGCAUGGCCGCGGUGGCCGAGAUGCGGCAGCGCAUCGCGGAGCUGGAGAUCCAGAGGGAGGAGGGCCGCAUCCAGGGCCAGCUGAACCACUCCGACUCCUCGCAGUACAUCCGAGAGCUCAAGGACCAGAUCGAGGAGCUGAAGGCAGAGGUGCGGCUGCUGAAGGGCCCGCCGCCCUUCGAGGACCCGCUGGCUUUCGAUGGGCUGAGCCUGACGGGGCACCUGGAUGAGGACUCGCUGCCGUCGUCCGACGAGGAGCUGCUGGGAGUGGGCGUGGGCGCGGCCCUGCAGGAUGCGCUGUACCCCCUGUCCCCGCGCGACGCGCGCUUCUUCCGCCGCCUAGAGAGGCCGGCCAAGGACAGCGAGGGCAGCUCGGACAGUGAUGCCGAGGAGCUGGCGGCGCCCUACAGCCAGGGCCUGGACAACUGAGGCCGAGGCCCGCGCCGGGAGCCAGCUGCUCCCUGGGCCGCAUUUAAUGAACUCGACCUGGCCAGCGAGCUGCUGCAGACGUAGCGAGCAGAGGUAGCGAGCAGAGGGUAGGGCCCCUCGGCAGGCUCUCCCUUCUUAGCAGCGUUUACCCAUCCUGGCCCCACCCUCUGGGCGCUCCUGGGGCCCAGCGCACCCCAGGCCAGUGGCAGGGCUGCACUCCCAACACUGAGGGCGGGGGGCCCGCGACGCAGAGGGCCCCGGAUUGAGUGAGCAGGAAGCGCCUCCCCAGCUGGCUUCCUUCUGACCCCAGGGCGGCCCUGCGGGGAAGGGCCCAGGAGCUAGAGGAGGCCCCAAGGAAGGAGAGGCAGCUCUGGGCCGGACAUUAGCACCCCAGGACUCCAAUGGACACAGUGACCCUGGACCAGCUGGCCCCUGGCCACCGGGGACAGACGGCUGAGCUGGGCUUCACUGCCGGUGCGGUCAUCCUGGCCCCUGCAGCAGAAACCAAAGUCCCUCCUGCCUGUGCAGGGCCGGCCACCUGGGUGUGGGUGGCCAGGGAAACAGCUCAGACCUGGGCCGUGUCUCCUUGCUUCUCCGGGGCCAGAGCAGCUGCAAGGGAUGAAGAAACCCAUCUCCCCGGCGCCCACCUCUUCCUCUGGGAGACCCGCAUCCUGGCUAGCGACCUAAAGGGUCCCCUCCCCUGGGGGCCACAGCCUCCGUCCGUCCACCCCUUCCUUUUCCCCUGCCCAGGGUGAGCGCUCCAGCACAGCCACCUCCCCUCGCCUCGGGUGGUGGCCCGGGGCCUCUACCAAGUCAGAGCUGAGCACCGUGCCAAAGCCCAGCAGUGUCCCCAGGCCCUGUCCUCCUUCCUCCCCAGAGGCCUCCUGACCCUCGGCCGACCCUCUCGGUGCUCCUGGAGCCUCGAGUAGAGUAGCAUCAGAAGCAAUCUCCCAGUGCGUCCUGGAGGGGCCCCCUGCUCUGCUCGGUCCCCCUUCCUGGUUGCCUACUCUUCAGUGUUACAAAGCCUGGGGACCAGGUGGGCACCUGCGGGGCUCUCCCAGUGUGCCCCCCUCACUGCCCACCACCAUUUUGCACACUGCCUGUUCACACUUCCACACGUCGCCCAGGCGGGAAAGAUGGAAAAUAAAGUUAUUUACACAGUCA